UUACUGUACCUCCUGUCUGUCUCUGCACAGUAACCGCUGACCAUGUCUGCUGGCCUGGACGACAUCGACAACGUGUUCGACCUGAACGAGGCGAUCCCUGAGACCGAGCUGCUGGAUAACAGCAUCCAGAAAGGCCGAGCCCAGCUGUCUGUCAAAGCCCGACGGCACCGCCCCUCCAGGUCCCGUUACCGUGACAGCGUGAGCUCGACGGAGGGCGACCACAGCCUCGACAGGAAGGACAGUCCGUCACACUCCACACGCUCACCUCUACACCUGAGCAUGAGAGGCUCCUCCCCCUCUCCUGAGUCACUGCUGUCAGCUCGAAGCCCUGCCUUCUCCUUCGACACAUCACUGGUGCGUCGCUCUCCAGAAGACGGAGGUGCAUCACUGGAUUCUCCCCCACGGGGGCGGUACCGCCAGCUGACCAAUGCCACAUCUCAGGAGGCUCUGGUGACGCCAAGCAGCUCACCCUCCAAGUCCUGCCCCUCCUCCGACUGCUCACCUGUCUACAUGAGGAGGAGCAGGAGGCCCGAUAGCGAAGUGCUGGUAUCUGAUAGGAGUCAGGACACCAGUCCAGCUGAUCCUGGGAGUCCGAACGUCAUCUUUGACAAGAAAACCAAGAGGCGCUUCCUGGACCUAGGGGUGACCCUCAGGCGUUCGUAUAUCAGAGUGAGGAAGGACAAGUCCAACAGGCUCUCAGUGGGCAGCAGAGAGCCAUCUGAGAGUCCGUCUCGGGCCUCUGGAUCCUUCGUCCCGUUCUCCUGGUUCACUGAAGGGCGGGGGUCAGUCUCCUCCUCCGGGACCCCCCCCUGCUCGCCUAAAAUCCCCCCACUGGGCUCUCCAAGACCCCGCAAGUCCCACUCCCAGGAGUCGGGUCUCAGCGAGGAGUUCUCUCCUCCUCACACCUCCUCCUCCACCUCUCCUCCUGUGGAGUCCUCCUCCUCCUCCAGAUCCGCCCAUCCGUACCACACCCUGUCCCAGUCCUCGGACGAGCCCUGUGACGAACCGGCCUGUGUGGUUUCCUCGUGGACGACUCACCAGGUUUGUCAAUGGCUCCAAGGACUCAACAUGGAGCAGUACGUCCCAGAAUUCACUGCGAGAGGCAUUGACGGUGAGCAGCUGCUGCAGAUGGACGGCAGCAAGCUGAAGGGUCUGGGCGUGCUCAGUUCGUCUGAUCGCAGCGCUCUGAAGCGCCGCAUUAAAGAUAUCCAAAGUGCAGCAGAGAAGGAGAGAAAAGCUCUGGACAAACUGGAGAAACAGAAGGAAAAACAGCGAAGGAAAGACCAGGAGCAGCGCAGGAGCUGAAGCCGACCACCACCACCAGGGGGAGACAGUGGACGACCUGCGAGAGGAAGACAGACAGGAAGAGAAGGAUGGAGGGAGCGAGGGAUGCUGAUGACUGCUUCAGGACCAUUUAGAGUCUGGACCAGAAAGAGAAAGGCAUAGAGAUCUGUAGGGGUGAAAGGUCGACACAACAAACAAUCUCUGUGUUUCCAUACAUCCUGGAAAACCUGGAAACAUCUGAUACAGUUUUCCAGACAUGGAAACGUCCUGGAAAUAAGAACAAGACAUACUAGAAAUAGUUUGAUGAGGCCAGAAGAACAAAAUUAAUCCCGUGUCUCACGUGGCUGCAGUGAAUCCCGAUGUGAAGGAAAAUGUUAUGAAAUGCAAAAUAAAAGUCCAAGUUAUGAACAGUUUUCUUUCAUCAUAUUCCAGGCUCCGUCUCUAAAUUCUGUUUAAGGACAAAUCCUGUAGUGCAACAAAUUACAAACGUUUUCUUUCACUCCUUCUUCUGAGCACAUUUCUCCUCACAUUCCUGUUUCUAAGUGGGUUUGUGUCGUCAUUUGUGUUCGUUUCAUCAACAAAAAGUAUCACAAGUCCACAGACUUCAUUUUAACCAUUUCUUUUUUCAAGGCUCUCAGAUUCAGAUAGGAACUUAAACUUCCUCAUUUUUAAACUAUAUAAUAAAUGUCAACCAAUUUAGGAAUUGCUAUUUAACUGCUUAAAUUCAGACACCCAAAUUCUAAAUGAAAACUUUAAACUCAAACAAUCUGGGCUACAAAUAACAAUUCAAUUACACUGAACUGAAUCGAUCAGCUUUUAAUUUUCUGUCUGAAUCUGCAAAAACACAAAUUUCACAGGUUUACAACCAAAAUGUUCCUGAUCUGCAUCUGAAGUUUACACACACACUUUUCCUUUAACUAAGGUGCUUAUUCUGUUGACAACUCAGGAUUUGUGCUGUGUGUAGGUCACAUCAGCCCAGACUCUCUCGGAAGUCAAAGGUGUCAGGAUCUUUACUGCUCAGCCAGUUUUUUACACAUCAGCACAAAACAUCAAUGGCCAAACAUUAAACUCUACAUACAUAUUAACAUGUAGAGUCCUCAUGAGCAGCCAUGUUAGUACAGGGGAGCCUCCUAAUGCAUGUGCAGUGUAUGAAGGCAGGAGGUCUAACCACAGCGCCGCCAUCGGUGUGUGUGUGUGUGUGUGUGUGUGUGUGUGUGUGUGUGUGU